AUGGAUCCACUAUCUUUGACUGCCGGCGUUAUCAACAUAGUGGAUUCUUCUCGUCGCACUCUUCAAGCCCUAUCAUCGUCAAGUUCCUGGCAGGGUGAACGGGCCUCACUCGUUCAACUGGAGACGCAGAUAUGUAUCCAAAUUCUUGAUGAAAUGGGACAAAUUGCUCUUUCAUACACAUCCUCUAUUCCCGAGAGCGCCUCACUCUGCUUACGGCUCUGUCAACGGCAUCUUCAAGUUUUGGACAAGCAUCUUACCGACUUAAAAAAAGCUCCACGCAAACUAUUACCAGUCACGGAGUUGGAGAAGACCUUGAAAGACUUCAGACGUUCUGUUAACUCUCUUACUCAACACCUUGUGAAGGAAUACCGUCAUGCGAUCCGCGGAAUAAAUGUUGGAGAUAUGUAUAUCAAUAAUUCGAUUGAUACGACGCUUGACGUUGAAGCUACCAAAGAACAUGUCCGGCCUGUUAUGGAUCAGCUAGGUAAAAUGCUCGCGGAGGGUGUCAACUGUUCAACGCUCUACAUUAAUAACUCAUUCAUGGACCGAAUCGACCUCGAGAGCAACAAGCCAGAGGAGGUGCUGAAUCAGCUAAGGCAGGCUGUGAGAAAUGUGUCUAACAAUGCGGACACUAUGCAAAGCGAACCUGAUCCGUUUGAGUUCCAAGCAAAAAUACUAUCUUCAGACGGAGACUCUAGUGAGCCUAUAUCAAUAUGUGCGAAAUCGUCUCCCGCGUUGGGUUAG